UGACGCAGCUCGCGAAUUGUCGCCCCAGCCUCGCGAGCGCAGGCCUGGGGAGUUUUCUUUCCCCACCACCCCGAGGCGAACAGACAGGGAGAAAGUGCAGCUCGCCAGGAAAGGCCGGGCUCGGGGAAUUCUUCGUGCGCCUGGAGAAGCUGGCACAGAGAGGCGCUGCUGGUGGUUCUUCUUCUUCUUCCUCCUCCUCCUCUCCUUGCUGACCAGUGCCUCGGAGAAACUUGCCUGCGUGCAGUGGCUGGCUAGUUUGGAAGAAACGGCCCCGAGGGCGCAGUAGCCACAGCAACACGGACUGAGGCAGAAAGAUGCGAACACCUUCCCCAUGGACAGAAGAGGCCUUUCUUUCACCUUUCCCACGGCAGCCAUUUUGAACAGAACGUAAAGACGGCAUGGCCUGCCUUACAGUGACAGAAAUGGAAGGGACAGCAUCUUCUACUGUUCAUCACAACGGUGGCAUCCUUGGGAAUUCCACUGUUUCCAGACAGACAGAGCCACUGCUCCGGGUUUACCUUUAUCAUUCCCCAGGGAAGACAGAAGGCGAUUAUCUACAGUUUCCAGCAGGAGAAUAUGUUGCAGAAGAGAUCUGCGUUGCUGCUUGUAAGGCUUGUGGUAUCUUGCCAGUGUACCAUAAUAUGUUUGCACUAAUGAAUCAGACAGACAGAUGCUGGUAUCCUCCAAACCACACCUUCCAAGUAGAGGGAUCAGCAAGCCUCACUAUACUUUACAGAAUAAGGUUUUAUUUCCCUCAUUGGUAUUGCAACAGCAAUAUGCGAGCAUAUCGGUAUGGUGUUUCACGGGGUGCCGAGUGUCCUGUUCUUGAUGAUAUUGUCAUGUUUUAUUUAUUUGCUCAGUGGCGAGAAGAUUUUGUCCAUGGUUGGAUAAAGAUGCCUGUUACUCAUGAAACACAAGAAGAAUGUCUUGGCAUGGCUGUUCUUGAUAUGAUGAGAAUGGCCAAAGAAAAGGACCAAACUCCAUUAGCUAUCUACAGUUCUGUCAGCUACAAAAUGUUUUUGCCCAAAUGUAUCAGAGAAACAAUCCAAGACUAUCACAUUCUGACACGAAAGAGAAUAAGAUACAGGUUCCGUAAAUUUAUUCAGCAGUUUGGCCAGUGCAAAGCAACUGCCAGGAAUUUGAAACUGAAGUAUCUCAUCAACUUGGAAACCCUCCAGUCUGCUUUCUACUCAGAAGUGUUUGAAGUAAAGGAUCCUGGCAGAGGGCCUUCAGGGGAAGAGAGUUAUGCAACCAUUAUUAUAACUGGAAAUAGUGGAAUUCAGUGCUCCAGAGGGAAAUACAAAGAUGGUGAAACACUGGCAGAUCAGGACAUACAGACCUACUGUGAUUUUCCUGAUAUUAUUGAUGUUAGUAUUAAACAAGCAAGCCAGGAAGGUUCCAGCGAAAGUAGAAUUGUAACCAUUCACAAGCAGGACAGCAAGAAUCUGGAAGCUGAAUUUCAUUCAUUAAGAGAAGCUCUGUCUUUUGUAUCACUUAUUGAUGGAUAUUAUAGAUUAACUGCAGAUGCUCAUCAUUAUCUCUGUAAAGAAGUAGCACCUCCUUCGGUGCUUGAAAAUAUCCAGAGCAACUGCCAUGGCCCAAUUUCUGUGGACUUCGCAGUCAACAAACUGAAGAAAGCUGGCGAUCAGACUGGUUAUUACGUCCUUCGCAGCAGUCCAAAGGAGUUUAAGAAAUACUUUCUUACCUUUGCCGUGCAGCAAGAAAGCAUCACUGAUUAUAAACAUUGUUUAAUAACAAAAAAUGAGAAUGGAGAGUAUAAUCUCACUGGAACUAGAAGAAGUUUUACAAACCUUGUCGAUCUGUUGAAUUGUUAUCGGACAGAAACUGUCCGAUCAGACAGUAUAAUUUUCCAGUUCACCAGAUGCUGCCCCCCAAAGCCAAAAGAUAAAUCCAACCUCCUAAUCUUCAGGAGCAACAAGGUCUCUGAUGUACCAACAUCACCCACUUUGCAGAGGCACAAUAAUAUCAACCAGAUGGUCUUUCACAAAAUCCGAAAUGAAGACCUGACCUUUACUGAAAGCCUUGGGCAGGGCACUUUCACUAAGAUUUCCAAAGGUAUGAGGAAAGAAGUGGGAGACUAUGGAAAGCUGCAUCAGACUGAAGUCCUGCUGAAGGUUUUGGACAAAAUGCACAGAAACUACUCUGAGUCUUUCUUUGAAGCAGCUAGCAUGAUGAGUCAGCUUUCUUACAAGCACUUGGUUUUAAAUUAUGGAGUUUGUGUCAAUGGAGAGGAAAAUAUUCUAGUACAGGAAUACGUAAAGUUUGGAUCAUUGGAUACCUAUUUGAAGAAGAAUACGCAUUCUAUAAAUAUCUUGUGGAAACUGGAAGUUGCCAAGCAGCUGGCAAUGGCCAUGCAUUUUCUGGAGGAUAAAAACCUUGUUCAUGGAAAUGUGUGUGCAAAAAAUAUCUUGCUUAUCAGAGAAGAAGAUAGGAAGUCUGGGAACCUUCCCUUUAUCAAACUUAGUGAUCCCGGUAUCAGCAUUAUAGUUUUGCCAAAGGACAUUCUUCUUGAGAGGAUACCAUGGGUUCCACCUGAAUGCAUCGAAAAUCCUAAGCAGCUGAGUUUGGCAACAGACAAGUGGAGUUUUGGGACCACUCUGUGGGAAAUCUGCAGUGGGGGAGACAAGCCUCUUAGUGCACUGGAUUCUCAAAGAAAACUACAGUUUUAUGAAGAUAGGCACCAGCUUCCUGCUCCCAAUUGGACAGAGCUGGCAAAUCUGAUAAAUAACUGUAUGGAUUAUGAACCAGACUAUCGGCCUUCUUUCAGAGCGAUUAUACGUGAUCUUAACAGUUUGUUCACUCCAGAUUAUGAGUUACUGACAGAAAAUGACAUGUUACCAAAUAUGAGACCUGGUACUCUUGGAUUUUCUGAGGCUUUUGAAGGCAGGGACCCAACACAUUUUGAAGAGAGACACCUCAAGUUCUUACAGCAACUUGGCAAGGGUAAUUUUGGCAGCGUGGAGAUGUGCCGGUAUGACCCACUGCAGGACAACACAGGGGAGGUGGUGGCUGUUAAGAAGCUGCAGCACAGCACAGAAGAGCAUCUUCGGGACUUUGAACGAGAAAUUGAAAUCCUCAAAUCCUUGCAACAUGACAACAUAGUAAAGUACAAAGGAGUAUGCUACAGUGCUGGCCGGAGAAACCUAAAAUUGAUAAUGGAAUAUUUACCCUAUGGAAGCUUACGAGACUAUCUUCAGAAACACAAGGACAGACUGGAUCAUAAGAAACUUCUGCAGUAUGCUUCUCAGAUAUGCAAGGGUAUGGAGUAUCUGGGCACGAAAAGAUAUGUUCACAGAGAUCUAGCCACUCGAAAUAUCUUGGUGGAGAAUGAGAACAGAGUCAAAAUAGGAGAUUUUGGCUUGACAAAAGUCUUACCACAAGACAAAGAAUACUACAAAGUAAAGGAGCCAGGAGAGAGUCCUAUAUUUUGGUACGCUCCAGAAUCGCUGACAGACAACAAGUUUUCUGUGGCUUCAGACAUGUGGAGCUUUGGUGUGGUCCUGUAUGAACUCUUCACAUACCUAGACAAGAAUAAAAGCCCCCCAGCGGAGUUCAUGCGCAUGAUUGGCAAUGAUAAGCAAAACCAGAUGAUAGUGUUCCAUUUGAUAGAGCUUUUGAAGAAUAAUGGAAGGCUGCAAAGACCAGACGGAUGUCCUGAUGAGGUUUAUGCCAUCAUGACAGACUGCUGGAACAAUAAUGCAAGCCUGCGACCCUCAUUUAGGGAUCUUGCUGUGCGAGUGGACCGCAUAAGGGAGAGCAUGGGUGGAUGAAAGUGAUAAAAUUCACCAAAAGGGACAUGUUGGCAUUCAGAACAGAUUAUGUUCUUCAGAUGGUUUCAGAUGAAAGGCCUAUCCAUUAUAUUAUUUGUCUGCGAACACAGACUGUAGGGAAACCAUUCCAUCAGAACUUGCACAUGAUGAUGAUGAACUCUGCAUAGUUUUUUCAUCGAAUACUACAAGGACACUCCAAUGAAAAGCGCUUUGAUAGUAAAAGGAGUUGCUUUUAAAGAGCAAAAUAUGUGUUCAGUCUGCAUCACUGUGGAUUGCAAUAGAGGACAAUUACAAAAAACAAUGUCAAGCCGAGAAGUUUUUAGAAAGAUGAGAAUACUGGAUGGAGAGCUGGUCUACAUGCUAUUUUUUCCUUGGGUCAUUGCUGAGUUGAAGGUCCUUAAGGAGCAGCUGACCUGAAAUUUAUAUAUAAUGGAAAAACACUGAAAUUCUGUGUUGGCUAGAAGGUUCCAAGUUGUACCACUCUGAAGACGGGCAAAUGUUUGCACUUAGGCUUAAGAAUGGAGAUAGUCACCCAGGACCAGCAUGUCCACCAUGCAUGGAUUCUUGCUCAUGUUCUCCCUCAUUUACCCCUCCCCCAAUGAACUCUUAUCUAUUCUGUUCGCCAAAAAGGGUGAUAGCUACCAGAUAAGGCUAAGAUUCAUCUAGUUCAGAUAUUGUGAUGUGUUUCAUAAAUGUGCAUUUCUCAACUGUGUGUCAUUAUGCAAUUAUCUCAGAAAUUUUAAAGAAUUGUUUGAAAAUACGGUCUUAAGUAUGUGGCAGAAAAACAAAACUCCUACAGAUCAAGAGGGGAAAGUAACACCAACUGAGCCUGUGGAUUACCUUUGUCAUGAAACAACCCACUUCUGUGCCAGCACAGGAAUUGCUUAAAAUGUGGUGACCAUACCGAAUAGAGGAUCAAGAUGCAAAAGUGGUACAUACCCUGCAAAGCAACACAGAGCAAGUGUGAACUGCAGUUAACUAUUGUCUAAGGAAGCCCCCAGAACACAUUUUUAGCCUUUUUCCCCAAUGAAGAGAGUGGUCUGGUGUCGUUUUCCAUGUGUUGCACAAGGGCUUGUGUUUUUAUGAAUGGAGUUCUGUAGCUUUUACAUUGUCAAGGCAUAAUGGCUUCACUGUAGACCAAGUCAAAUGUUUGGGUAUUUUUUUUAUAGUUUUAUUGAGCAACUUUCUAUGUGCCUGUCUGAGCCAGACACUGGCCAGCAAUUGAAGCAGAGAUGCAUGUUAAGGCAGUGUAAUGUACUGUAAAUAUCUUGAAGGAAAGGGAACAAAUAAGAAUAUAUUUUUAAAACCACCUGCUGAAAAUUGCUUUUUACAUGAACAAUUAUAUAGCAGUCUGUUUUCCUUUAUGUGUUGUACAGAUGUUUAAGCUCUAUCCAUGUCUCCUAAAGGUAUAAGCAUUUGAAAUUAUUUCACAGAUGGCAUCUUAAUACGUUCCAAACGCUCAACUUUGUUAGCCUUGCCAACCCUAUUGGAUGCUGCAGUUUUCCUUUCUGCCCUGUUAGCUUUUAAAGAGUGAUCUGUUUAACUAGACAUAAAGAGCAUGCUUCUGAUGUUGUGAAGAACAAAAGUGACCCAUAUGCUCCCACAGUAUUCACAGCUUUUAGUUAGAUAAUUUGACUGCUUGCAAUUUCAAUCAUGUGAUUUUGCUUGCUUGCUUGCUUUUACACAGGCUGGCUUGUGAAUAAAAUGAAAGCUACAGCAACUCCUCACAUACUGGACUCUGAAGUACAAAUUUAUUUUUGUUAACCGAAGAAAGUGGAGAGUAGUAACAGAAGCAGCACUUGGCACACUCAUCACUUAAUGAUCUGGCUGGCUGUUCUUAGCCUAGCUAUGUUGUACUUUAGUGGAAUGCACUGGAUACUUAGCCUUUUUCCAGUAUUUGCCCACCAAGCCGCCUAGAGUUUUCUUAGACCAAUUUUUUUUUGUUUUAAAAUGUAGUGUUUACUUCCUACAAUCAAAUUUGAUAAAAAGAGGACUGUUGCUUUUUGCUAGGGAAAUUGGAUAGAAAUUAGCAAAAAUAGUGUGAAUUGUACUUCAGUGUUUGGAAGAGUGUGGCCUUCGUGGAGGUGUGCCAUAAACCCUUAGUGAGUCUACCUACCUAUCUACCUCAAAGAAUGAUGCAGUGAUGUGAUUUUUGUAUAGGAUGAAAAUGUACCUCAAUAUGUAGCAGAUGUUUACCCAGUGAUAGCCAGUCUAAGAAUGUUUUGUGCCAUUGUUGGCUCUGAUAUAUGAUCUAGGGGCUUUGAAACUUUACUUCCACUUGAGUAGGAGCAUCCUUGUUCUCUCUUGCAAACAGGAGAGUACUUCAUAUGCACUGGGGAAUCCAUGUGCUUUCAAAGCAGUUCUGAUUGUAGGAGGAAACAGGAAGCCCCUACUUGGGAAGGAUCACACUAUCUUGCACAUGUUUCUCAGGAAAACCUUUCUUUUGUUCUAAGUAUAGGGAGUUAUGCCAAACAACUGAGAAUGGGGGGCAGAUCUGGGUUUGAAAUUGUGUGUUUUUUAGCCAUUUUGAUCAGAUGUUGCACAUUUGUACAUUGCUUUGAAGCUGGUUUUACAACCUGUUGUACAGGGGAUGUCUUAGCUUUUGUAGGGUCAUAAAUUCUGUUAACCUAAAUUAUAGUAGCAUAAGGUUUAAAGCAACAUUAGGUAUCAGGAUAAACAAAUACAGCAGUUUGACAAUAAUGGAGAUGCAUCUUCUGUCAGAUUAAGGAUUUCAUGUUCAGUGUUUUAAAAACAAACAAAAGAACCUCAGGGAAUGUUGUGUAAUGCAAUGAGAUCAUCUUCCAUAUUGCUCUCCCCACCCCUCGGGUGAAUAAAAAUGUGUCUGUUAGUUUGAUAGUAUGAGAAACAUAUUUUAAUUUCCUAAACAUAGUACCACACAAGAGGAUAGGCUUCGGAAUGUCUACAUUUUAUGUAGUUUAGGGAAGUGUUUUGUUUUUUUUUACUUAUUCCAUCACAAAUUACCCAAAGUUGAGCUUUGUUGCAGUUGGGUGGUGGUGUUUUUUGUCAUGUUGGACAGGGCCUAACAGGUUCACAGUUCUGGAUGGCAAUCUGGGCUUUAUGUUUUGUAAAGGAUACAUUUAAAAGGGAUUUCAGGAGAAGAACAAUGGCACUUUGGACUUGAGGAAUCCAUAGCAUGAGUGAAAGGUACUUCAGCUUAUGCAAAGAUGAGGGCUAUGGUGUUGCCAGUUUCUCCCUCCCACACCCCCAAGGUUCUUCAGUCCUGAGGAUCAACUCUUCAGGAGCUGUUUCAGGAAGGAAAAGGUAGAAAUGGGAGCCUUGUCCCAAAGCUAUGUUAAGAGUUUAGGCAUAUAAUGAAAAGAUACUAACAUGGUCUCUUUUUAACUCAUGAUUGAUCCAUCAGUCUUUAUCACGGUCGCAAACCAGCAUAAAAUUCAUGGAGGAAUUAACGACUUGGCUCCAUUUUUUUGUGUCAAAAAUGCUUCUAAAUGGGCAUAGAGAUUAUCUGGUUUCCUUCAUUCUGCAUUGGGUACAGCUCUUCUUAAUCCUCAAGAGAAGUUUCUGUCGGAACACAAGUUACUCCUGUGAGUAGGGGUCCUCAAGAGCCUGUUGUGCUUGCAGAAGCUCUUGUACAUCCCUUUGGUUCUUGCCUCGACUGUGAUUUAAGGCUUCUUGGUUGGAAUGUUCAGUGUUAGCUGCCCACAUGAUACAAAAGUAGUGACAAUGCCAAUUGUAGUACUCUUUUGAAGUGAGUCAAUGCACUUUGGAAAUACACUGUAUUAGUGAUAGUAAAUCUGUAUGCAUUGCUUAACAUUACGUUAUGCAAUCUGUGUAUUUACAAAAGCAGUUAACCAUUCUUUUCCUGUCCCACAGUUUCCAUUCACUUUAUAACAAUGUUUUGUUUAUCAUGAUACCAAAAACUGCUUUGACUUGCUGUGGGGAAAGUGCUUAUACAUGCAGGACUGCUGCUAUGGGGUACAGUGAAAAAAUUUAUCACAACUACUGCUUUUUAGGAUUUUUAAAAAAUUUAAACUAUCUUUUUUAUAUAUUGUAAGCAACUUCUGAGACAUUUUUUUAAAAAAUUACCAACUACAAGUACUGGUCUGUGGUCCAUUAAAUAUCAAUAUACUACAUUUCAAAAUUAUUUGCUUUGUGUAUGUUCCAGAGAGUUGCAAUAGUUUAGAAAUAAGCAGAUUUACAUAAAGCUGUGGCCUAAACAAAAACAAAAAAUGGAAAGUAGCAGACGAUUUUGAAUUUGUCCUAAUCACACUUUAUUAAAGAAACACUUCUACAGUUCUUGGACACUCACUGCUGUAUAUUGCUGUACCAACACAUCUCAUUAAAUACGUUCAAAAAUCAA